AUGGAGCCGCAGUACCUACGAGAUGUGACCGUGUGUUACCGCACAUGCGCGUCACCGGUACUGCAGGAAAGGACCUUUAACCUCCGCACAAUGUCCGCAACUUCAACACGACCAGGGUCUGUGCGAUCUUCCACGCCACGAAUAUCCGUAAUGACAUCACGUGCAAGCUCAGCUCGGCCCUCUAUCAGCCUAGACGUUAGAGACAGAAUGAUGACAGAGCUAAAGUUUUACUUUGGCAGGGAUGAACGUUUUAACUUCAGACAGACGCUUGUGCCCAAGUCUACAGUGCGGUCUGUGGCAAACGAUGCUUAUCGAACGAACACUAGCGAUGCCAGUCGACAAAUGUUCCGGUCAUCUCUUGGAAGUCCAAGGUGGCGUAUUUUUACAAGAGGUAUUCGUGUUGGAAGUGCUCGCACGUAA